GUGGGCACCGGGGAACCAGGGAGUGGCGGGCACGGGAAAAGCGGGGGCACCGGGAAACUGCGAGUAACGGGGACACGGUUAACCGUGGGCACCGGGAAAAUGGGGAACAAGAGAGUGGGGAAACUAUAGGAGCCAGGGAAUCGGGAGCAUCUGGAGUCGCAGUACCCGGGAACUGGGAAACCGGGGGCACCGGAGAGCCGCGGCUUCGGGGAACCGGGAGCAUCAGGGAGCCAGGAAAUCAUGGGCACUGGGGAACCGGGAACACUGGGCAUCUCUGGCACGGGGGAGCCGGGAGCAGGAUGCAGCCGGGAACCGGGAGCAGUGGGCAGCCACAGCACCGGAAAGCCGUAGCACUGGGGAACCUGGAUCACCUACCUGGCACUUCCUGCCAGGCCUGGCACCAGGUGUCGACUUCAAGAUGAAGACGAUCGAGGUGGACGGGAUCAAGGUGCGGAUACAGAUCUGGGACACGGCCGGCCAGGAGCGGUACCAGACCAUCACCAAGCAGUACUACCGGCGGGCACAGGGCAUCUUCCUGGUGUACGACAUCAGCAGCGAGCGCUCCUACCAGCACAUCGUCAAGUGGGCCAGCGACGUGGAUGAGUACGCACCCGACGGCGUCCAGAAAAUCCUCAUCGGGAACAAAGCGGACGAGGAGCACAAGAGGCAAGUGCCCAAAGAGCAAGGGCUGCAGUUGGCCAGGGAAUACGGGAUGGAUUUCUACGAGACCAGUGCCUGCAGCAACCUCAACAUCAAGGAGUCCUUCACACGGCUGACGGAGCUGGUGCUGCAGGCGCACCGCAAGGAGCUGGAGGAGCUGCGGGGACCCCCCCGCGCCCCCACCCUGGCCCGGCUGGAGGAAGAGGAGCAACAGCCUCUGCAGAGUGAGGACUCCCCCAAAACCUGCUGGUGCUGAAGGCUGGCACCUCCCUGACGGUGCCCCGGGCUGUGUCGGGGGAGGGCACGAUAGGGGCGGGAUUGGGGCGGUCCCCAUGGAGGCGGGGAGGGACACCCCACAGGGAGUGGGAGGGGGGAAGGCAUGAGGGUGCCCCCCCAUCCUGGCACCUGUGCCCCCCCUGGUGUGCAGGGUGGGAUGGGGGGUGUCCAGGCGCUGUGUACCCACCCGGUGUCCACCCCGUGCCCGUGGGAGCCCCCCAGUUUUACACACACCGUUUGCAGAAUAAAAGUGAUGCUGGA